AUGAGUAUUUUGAUGGAUGGGGCCCUUCCUGGACGACACGGCGGGAGUUCGGCUGGAGGACAAGAAGCGCUUUGGGAGGAAGCUGGCGAAGGCGAUGAAGAGCUCCCCUCUGGUGACGUCGAGGCUGUCCGCGAGCUGGUAGAGGAGGCCACCACGAAGGGCUUCCGCUCCGCCACCAUCGACGAGGCAGCGAACGAUGUCGCCAAACAGGACCAGCAAAAGAAGGUCUUCGCCUUCUUUCGGGCGGAGUCGUUGACGUCAUGGACGAAAAUGAGCAACGUGAACAGGACGCCAACGAUGGUCAAGCUCUCUGGCCCAACGACGACAGCAACAACGACGACCACCGGGGUGGCUGGGCCGAAGAUUCGGACGAGGCGUGGCAAGGCAAGCCGCCAGGUUCUGGUGCUCGGGCUGGGGGCGAUGCCGCAGACCUUCUGA